UUCUACUUCUCCUUUUUUUAACUCUGACCAUAAAAUGGUGAGCUCUAUCAGGCUUUUAUCCAGCCUGCAGGUAAAGGGUUACAGAUUCUAGGAAGUAUUAAAUGCAAACUUUGAAGGAUUUUAUUUUCAUCUACAGUCACAUGAUGCCUUAAUACCCAAUGACACUAACUACAGUGUCUCAUUAAGAGGUCAUGCAAACUCCCAAGCUAAACAAGGCAUUCUUACAUAUUUAACAUUCAAAUGCAGAAGCCGAGCUAAGCCAUGGAAGAUUGUAAUCAGAAAAAGCUACACUUCCUGAUCCACACAAAACCUGCAGGUUCUUUAAACAGGAGACAGAUUGCUAACAUUUGGGGCUGAAAUCCGGAGGUUAUUUUGGAAUGGGAAAACUACUUGCUGCUUGGAUCCAUGACAACCAUGUAGAUACUAGUCACUCACUUUAACAAUCGACACCACCAUGCCCCAUUAACUAUGGAUGCUGAAUUCAGGAGUGAACUACCUUGGCUUAGAUCCUAGGAGGAGUGUUCUGCUGAAAGGGAUCUCAAGGCCAGUAAGAAUCUCCCUCUCUUACAAGAAAAGACUUGCAGAUUUCACAAACGAUGCAAGCACAGCUCUCCCUGGAUUUCUGGUUUGUAAUGAUCAAGACAUUUAAAACAAAUCUUUCAAGAAGUCGAUGGAGUACAAUCUGAAAGAUUAAAGAAAAUCCAGAUGGGGUGCAGGUGCUGCAAAAUGAUUCAAAGCUAUAUUUUUGAUCCAGAAGAAGUACAAUCACCUGGACACAUCCAUGAAGUAGACGACUAUAAACACAGUGAACAAGGCAGCAAUAAAUUCAAAUUCAAAGAGAACAGUGAAAAUGAAGAACACAAAAACGAACUUCAGAAGAAUGAGCUAAAUAGGACAGAAAAUAAAAAUCCAUUAAAUAGUACAAAAGAAACUCUCUGGAAUCAUGGAGGCAACAAUUUUCAAGAGGAUGGCCUUGUGAAGUGUGCUGUAAAGCUUGAUGUUGCAGUCAAUGGUGGCAACUCCUGUGCUGAAGGGCACUCCACACUCAAUCCCAACACAAACCUGAUGAAAGAAGCCAGUGAAAAGGGAACCUGCAGCCAGUCAGAGGCUUCUUCAACCAGCAACAGAGACUUUUACACCAUAUCAAACAGGUCUGGACAAGAACCUGACCUAGAGACAGGAAGUCAGAGGAAAGCAACCUGCGAUGCGUCUAACAGUAUUUCGGACUCCCAGUCUGCACAAGACAGCAUCUUUCUCAAAGGAAACUCAAUACUGAGGACACAAAACAAUGCCAUACAACUGCCAGAUAUUGACUACCCUGAAAAUGGCAAUCAAACCGGGAACUGUGUUGAAAAAGACAGCUUUUCAGUCCACUGUGCACAUUCAGACCAAAACACUGGUCCUUCAGCAAUAGAGAACCAGGACCUUUGUGUAACCCCAUCUUUGCCUGUGAAGGAGAGCAGUGCUGAACCUUUUGAAACUGACUCUGCAAAUUUGAGUGAGGGCAUUACUGGUGAUAUCACUGCAGUGGCUGUUACCAAAGUCACACAGGUACUCACACACCCCAACCAUAAAGACAUCAACGGAGAAACUGAGGAGGAAGAUGCAGAAGUUGCAGCAGCUCUGGCUGCACUGGAAGCUGCAACUGCAGGGGAAGACCUGGAAGAUGAUGACGAGUACUAGAUGAAGGUUUUAUCCUAAUACACUAGGUAAGAUCCAGAUUUUAUUUCUGGAUCUAUAUGAACACAUGUACAGCACACAUGGAGAGCUGUUAUGAACAGCAUAUAUAAAAGGAGUUGGUACUUAAACCUCUGUCUCUUCAGCUGUUUUAUACAGCCUUUUAAUUUCCACUGCCCAAGGUACAAAAAUGUUCCCUUGGCUAAUGGUAAUACUCUUCUCUGUGGAGCCAACCAGGAGGGCAAAGCAUCAUUUCUUCCACACAGAACAUUCCGCUGUAUACCCACCUCACCUGGACUCAUGCAAAUGUUUCCUUUGGCUUUGACCCUCAUGAGGGUCUACGCACACUGGAGGCUCCAGGUUCAGAAAAUUUCCAUUAUUUAAAACAACCAUUGAAGCCAUGAAGUUAGAAACCACAUAUUUUCAUCAUCAGCACAAAAAAAAAAUAUAUAAAUGAGCCAAAGUUCUAUGAUCUACGGAAGUGUGAAAUCAAGACGGCAGCUUUGCUUGGACUUCACUGUGGCUAUGGUUCCAUUAUUGAUUAAAUCUAAGCCCGUGCAUGUGCAGCAGGCAUUAGGACGAUAACCUCAUCUCUCCCCUUACAUCUCCCCUCAACUCCAUGUUGCUGCUUCAGUUCCUUAAAACUGCAGAAGUCUAGCCAAAUCCAAGUGAAUAGGUAACUUUCUGUUGGUUUUAUGAGCUGAAACAGCUCACAUAAGAAUUGUACACACAAUAUCAGAGGUGCUGGAGAGGGAUGAAAAUUCAGUCCCUACCAGUUUGGAUAGAUUAAAACUGUAGUAGAACUACAUCCUGAAACCUCUCAACUCCACUAAAUCUUCCAGGCACACAUCAGUUGUCUUAGCAAUACAGUUUUCAAACAGUUUAUGUUUCAAAUAUCCCCAGCAAGAUGUGUUUUGUUUAUGUACAAACAACAAGGGCCAAUGUGGACUCCUCCAUGGCUCUGCUGUAGUCCUGAAACUUACAGCAGAAAAAAGGAUCAAGCUUCCAAGUUGAACUAAGCAUAAGUCCUGAAAAUAGCUGCAUUCCUGGAGGGGCUGCAUUCCUUGUGGGGAAAAAAGGAGAUAGAGAUCAAUUUGGUGCUGCCAAUUCAGCAAAAACAUGGUUGAAAUAGAAAGUGCUUGACAUUUUAUACUGAAAUUUUAUGGUUAUCAAGUUUCUGUUAUAAACUCCAAAUAAAUUUUUUAAUCAUAUAAAAAAUAA